AUGGAGGCGCAAAUACCAGUACCCAGCAGCUCAUCUGGUCUUCGGACCAAAAGCACCAAUGAAGCCCGGCUACCGGCGAAAGUCAUUGAGAGGGACUGGCGACUAUCUCUAGGAAACUCAUUUCCCAUCGGCAUCGGGGGCAUGGUGCUUGCUCUUUCGCCCCUUUCCAAUAUUUUCCUCGGCUGGCGAGGCACUGGGGGCUUAGGAUCCGCGGCUGUAGGCUCGUAUUACUUUCUUGGUGGUCUACUCAUGAUCACUGCGUCCUUAUUCGAAUGGGUUCGUGGCCAGUCAUUUCCCUCAAUUGUCUUUGCGACAUAUGGUGGCUUUUGGUUGACCUAUGCGUCAACUCUAACACCAUUCUACAAUGCUGCAAUCGCCUAUCAACCUCAAAACCCAGACACGGCAGCCACAAACCCGGAAUUCGCCGCAUCUCUUGGUUUCUUCUUUCUGUAUAUGGGCUUGCUUUCCUUCGUCUAUUUGAUUUGCGCUGUGAAGACAAAUAUUGUCUUCGUGGGUUUUUUCGCUGCACUGAUCCCUACUUUCUGCUGUCUCGCCGCGGGUCUCUGGGCGUUAGCCGAGCAUGACAAUGACUCAGCAGUGAACCUCCAGAAGACUGCUGGCGGAUUUGCUUUUGUCACCGCAUUGCUUGGGUGGUAUCUAUUCUCGGCUGUUUUGUUGAUCAUCGUCGAUUUCCCCUUCAAAAUUCCACUUGGUGACUUGUCAUGCGUACAUUGGUACCCCAAAUCUCAGAUUUUCGAUGAGGAGAACUCGGGAGACGGAAGCAAAGAUUGA